UUUCACCAGUGGAAAAUGCUAUGACGUUACUGUCUGUCACUUUUCAAUAUAGCCAACAAACAACUGAAUUAGAAUAGAAAAAUGUCCUACUAAUUAUUUAUCACUAAAAGAUUUAGAGAGAUAAUUCAUGUACUAUUUUUGUUUUGACUUUCUCAUAAUGAUUCAGUUUCUCUCCCACGCCUAAAACAAAAAAGGGAAACCGUGAAUGUCUGAAUCUGACAGUGAAAGCGACUUCGAAGCCGUUUCUGAAAAAACAAGACUGAUGGAUGGUCAUGUUGCUACGAAUGGUAGUGGAAGUUCAGCUCCUACAGAUUUGAGACACAGCCAGGAAGUUCCAAGGAAGCGAAGAAAUUAUUCGGAAAAUUAUUCCACUGAAGAAAGAUCUGAAGAUGAAGCCACCGGAGAAGAAAUACGCAGGGAUUUCAGUUGUCCAGGCCCACAACCAGAUGAAGAGGAAGAACUGAAAUAUGGAGCCAAACAUGUUAUCAAGCUGUUUGCCCCAGUGUCUUUGUGCAUGGUCGUUGUUGUUGCAACCAUUAGGGCAGUCAACUUCUAUUCUGUUAAGGACAUGUAUUUAGUUUACACCCCUUUCCAUGAAGAGAGUUCAGAUUCAAGCACUAAAGCAUGGAAUGCUGCAGCAAAUGCCUUGAUAUUAAUGACUGUAAUUGUUGUCAUGACAGUACUAUUAAUUAUUUUAUAUAAGUACAGGUGUUAUAAAACAAUUCAUGGUUGGCUUAUCAUUUCUUCCUUGAUGCUGCUUUCCAUAUUUUCAUAUUUAUACUUGGAGGAAAUUUUGAGAGCUUAUAACAUUCCCAUGGAUUAUCCCACUCUCCUUUUGAUCAUGUGGAAUUUUGGGGUGAUGGGUAUGAUAGUAAUUCAUUGGCAAGGUCCUUUGCUUCUUCAACAGGCAUAUUUGAUCUUUGUAGCUGCCUUGAUGGCUUUGGUUUUCAUCAAGUACCUCCCAGAGUGGACCACGUGGGCAGUUUUAGCUGUUAUAUCAGUAUGGGACCUAAUUGCAGUACUAAUGCCCAAAGGCCCUCUCAGAAUUCUAGUGGAAACAGCACAAGAAAGAAAUGAACAGAUAUUUCCAGCAUUGAUAUACUCAUCUACAUACAUGUAUGCCUACACAAGUAUGGCUACAGGGGAUGAUGUCCCAAAUGUAAGAACAUCAAGGUCAACUAGUGAAGACCAUGGUUUCACACAAGACUGGGUAGAUAAUCAUGCCAGCAGAGCUACUCAAAGACAAUUAGAAGUUCAUGAUGUGCCCAGUGGGCAACCACGUACACAAAUACAUCAAGAAGAAGAAGAACGUGGAGUGAAAUUGGGUCUAGGUGAUUUCAUCUUCUACAGUGUUCUAGUAGGAAAAGCUUCUUCAUAUGGCGAUUGGAAUACCACCCUGGCUUGUUUUGUUGCUAUUCUCAUUGGUUUGUGUCUGACAUUGCUCCUACUAGCUAUAUUCAAAAAAGCUUUACCAGCUCUGCCAAUCUCAAUUACUUUUGGCCUCAUCUUUUACUUUGCCACUAAGGAAAUCGUCAGUCCUUUCACCGAUAGUUUGGCUGUUGAACAAGUAUUCAUAUAAUCACAAGUUUCAUUCCAUUUUUUCUUUAGUAAUCAUACCAAAUAAGCCAAUGAUUGUCUUUUUAAUGUAAAGACUGUUUUACAAAUAUGGAUUUUUGUUUGUGAAAAAGACUUUUAAUAUUAAUUUAUUGAAUGAAUUAAACUAUUGAAAAAAUUA